AUGGGAAAAGGCAGUUCCCUCCUCGAUGUGCUGCCGGUGGGCGAAGGCAGCCUGCACAUCGUGAUGCUCGGCCUCGACUCCGCCGGCAAGACGACGGCCCUGUACCGCCUCAAGUUCGACCAGUACAUGAACACGGUCCCGACGAUCGGCUUCAACUGCGAAAAGAUCAAAGGGACGACCGGAAAAGCGAAAGGGACGAGUUUCAUCGUCUGGGACGUCGGGGGCCAGGAGAAACUCCGCCCCCUGUGGAAAAGUUACACCCGAUGCACCGACGGCAUCGUGUUCGUCCUCGACAGUGUCGACACGGAACGCAUGGAGGAGGCGCGCCUGGAACUCCAACGCACCGCCAAGAGCCCCGAGAACAUCGGCGUCCCGAUCCUCGUCCUCGCCAACAAGCAGGACCUCCCCGGCGCCCGCGACAAGAACGAGAUCGAGAAGCUGAUGGGCCUCCAGGAGCUCCAGCAGCAUCUCUACCACGUCCAGCCCGCCUGUGCCAUCAUCGGGGAGGGCCUCGACGAGGGCCUCGAGGCCCUCUACGAGAUGAUCCUCAAGCAGAGGAAACUCUCGCGGCAGACGAAGAAGAAGCCGCGGUGA